UCUCUCUCAUUAUUCGCACACUCUGGCCGUCAAAAUCAGCCGGCGAAUCAAAUCUCCGGGUGAUGCCUCCUAGGUGCGAUAGGAUCAGCGAAUUGCCGGAGUCUUUGCUAACUCAUAUACUCUCGUACCUUCCCACUAAACACUCGGUGAAGACAAGCGUCUUAUCGACUAGAUGGAAGAAUCUGUGGCUGAAUGUUCCAGCUCUUGACUUAAACUGUGAAGACUUCCCUUAUAAAGAAGAGGAAGAAGAAGCAGUCCUCGGUUUUCUUGACAGGCUUCUCGAGUUUGAACCUGGUUCACGCCUGCUAAAAGUUAAGGUGAAGUGCGGUAACGUGGAGAUAAAGGGACUCAAGGAUCGGAUCAGUACAGUGAUUCACCGUGGACCUCAAGUUCUAGACGUUGAGAGCUGUACUAAGUAUUUAGACCCUGACACCGAAACCUACUAUCCUUAUCUCGAAUUCAUGCCUCUGAAUCUGUACACGAGCAAGACACUGGUUUCCUUGAAGCUCACGUAUUCGGGCGUUGAGGAUCCUCCAGGUUUCGUUUGUAUGCCUUGUCUCAAGUCCAUGACUCUUGUACAAGUUCACUUUCGAGAUGACUCGAGUCUGGAGAGACUCGUCUCAGGGUGUCCUCUUCUUGAAGAGCUGACCUUGAUUAGGGAUAUCCAUUCUUGUUUUGUGGGUGAGGUUGAUAGAUUUAUGAGUGUGAGGUCAGGGAGCUUGAAGAGGUUUCGUGUUCCGCUCUGGUACGGAUUGUCUUGCAGUUCGCAGUCGUCUGCGAAAUGCAGACUUGAGAUCGAUGCUCCAGGGCUAGAGCAUAUGAUUCUCGGAGAAGAUCAAUUUGAUAGCAUCGUGGUACAGAAGAAACUGACUUCUUUGUUCAUGGUUGACCUUAACAUCAAGUUUGGCGAGUUAUUUCUCUAUGGGAUAUCGAGUGUAGGACACAUGAUCAUCUCUGAGAAAACACUCAAGGCCCUUGAGCUUUACUCGAGAGUAGAGUUGAUUCCUAAAUUCAAUAACUUAUCACGUUUAGUAGCCGUGUUCCCUGGCAAUUUACUAGAGUUUCUGCCAGCCUUUCUUGAGUGUUUCCCCAAUCUGAAACACCUAAUCUUGGAGGUUGUUUAUUUCAGGGAGGAGGAGGAUGCACUCGAACUUACAAAUGUCCCCCAGUGCUUCUUAUCAACUCUGGAGUGUGUUGCGCUAAAAAGGAUUCAUGACUGGGAGGAAGAGGAGAUGAGAGUAGCCACUUACUUUCUUGAGAACGCUGCAGUCCUGAAGAAACUCACUCUCAGUCUCACUGAUUAUCCUCGACUUAUCUCUGAUGAAGAAAUCUUCGAGGAGGUUAAUAAAGUUACAAAACGUUCUCCAACAUGUCAAAUUCUUCCUGAUUGGGAGUUAUGUUGAUGCAAUCAUGAACGAGAGUGAGCAUUAUCAUUGCAGGAGUCUUCUGUUCUUGUCGUGAAAAUUUGCACUUCUUUCUUAGUUCUGGUUGGAUUACUUACUUAAGCCAUGGUGGUUGAUACAAGUUCUUCAGUCACUUUAUGGAUUU